GAUGAGCACCCUCCUCCACAGCGACCUGAUGGGCGACGCGAUUCGAAUUCGGUGUUCUCCUUGGCAGACACGAUGUUUGAUGGAUAUGUAUUUUUGGCUGGCGGAUUUGCGACGAAAGCAGCACACAACACCAACUACCUACCCGGUCGUUCUUCAUUCAUCUUCAAUUCCUUGCUUGGGCGCGUUUGACUUACGUUUACUCGCGAAGGCAGAUUCGUACGAGUUACUUUCUGUGAUCUCAAAGGAGAGGCGAUGACUCGUCUCAGCAAGGCUGUGAUCCUCGUGGCGCUUCUUGCCCUCGUCGCAGGCGUUCAUGCUCAGGGACCCGGCUAUGGCGGCGGCAGGGGCGGCGGAGGGCGCGGAGGAGGAAGGGGUUUCGGCGGGGGACGCGGAGGGGGCGGGGGCGGGUUCGGACGUGGGGCUGGUGCAGGCCUCGGGCUGGGCCCUGGCGCCGCUCUGGGAACGCUCUACGGCCACGUGGAGGCCAUUCUGACUGGCAGCGGCAACAUCACUGGACGCAUGCAAGUUGUGGUCUUCAAGAACAACACGGACUACAAUGUCCGUUACGUGCUGAGGAUCGGCGGGCUGCCGACCCCGGGACUUCCUACUGCUGCUGCUGUCCUGAAUAACGGCAACACUAUCCUAAAUUUCCCCGGUGCCACGUGGACCAACACCACUGGCCAGCAGCCUUACGGCUUUGGCUGGGUGAGGCGCAACCGCGCAUGGGUCCGCGGUGUGUGCUUCCGCUACAAUGCGACUGCGGUUUACUACAACGCAAACACAAAGACCACGGAUGGCGGCAAGACGAUUGGAUCUAUUGCUGUGGCUAUGGUUGCCGCUCCUGCAGCAUAUACUGGCCGCAUCACUGCUCCUGGUGGCACCGCUUCUGGCACAUUCCACACUUGGCGUUAGAAAAGUGAUGUUUUAUUGCCUUCUGGUCAUGAGGAGUUGCAAGAAGGCAUGAGAGGCCAUUUGCUAUAAGGUUCGCACCUUUUUGCCAGUCAAGAUAGAAGACCUGGAGUGGGUGCGAGACUUAUCGCAAGUGUAGCAUGAUGGCAUGUAGUUGAAAGUAGUGCUGCUUAGAUGUGUGUUAUUUGUGAAUGGAGGUA